GCCGUUUCUAGUAUUAUUGAAGUUGACCUUCUACCUUCUUCGAGUAUAAUCGAGUUCUCCUCAUCAAAAUGACUGAAAGCAAGGGAACAGAAAAGCUUUACAAAGAGCCCGCUGUCCGUGUACCAACCCUCGCGCGUCUUUCUGAGAUCGCAAGUAGCUUGGGCCUAGAAAUGGGAGAGAGUGAGCUGAUGGCUUAUCGAGAGGCAAUUUCCAAUACUCUGGCUGAUACGUAUCAGCGGUUGUACGAGUUACCAGAUCCCAAACUGCCAGUGAAAUAUCCACGAACAUCAGGUUACAGACCAUCACCGGAAGACAACCCCUACAAUGCUUGGUAUUGGCGAUGUGAUAUAAGAGGAGCAUCAAGUGGCAAACUUCAUGGCAAGACUGUGGCUAUCAAAGACAAUACAUGUGUGGCAGGGGUACCCAUGAUGAAUGGCUCACUUACUUUGGAAGGAUUUGUCCCGGAUGUGGAUGCUACUGUAGUGUCCCAAAUAUUGGAUGCCGGUGGAAACAUAAUUGGGAAAAGUGUUUGCGAAGAUUUGUGUUGUAGCGGAGGCAGUUUUACUGCUGCCACUGGUCCUGUGGUUAAUCCACACAAUAACACGAGAAUGUGUGGAGGGUCAUCUUCAGGAUCUGCAGCUUUGGUGGCUGGAGGUCAAGUGGACAUGGCAACCGGUGGAGAUCAAGGAGGUUCUAUAAGGAUCCCUGCUGCCUGUUGCGGCAUUGUGGGACUGAAACCUACAUACGGGCUAGUUCCGUACACAGGCAUCAUGCCGAUAGAGUUUACUUUGGAUCAUACAGGACCUAUGGCCAGGACUGUGUAUGAUACAGCUCUGAUGUUGGAGGCUAUGGCUGGCUAUGACGGGGGACUUGACCCCAGGCAGCCACAAGAUCUCAAGGUGCCGAAGUAUACUUUGUGGGUAGGUCUUUUUUGGAAUUUCAUAUGCGAUGAAUCGAUCAUUUAUAUGAAACAGUGGAAAAUUGAACGUUCUGUGUCUCGUCCCUAGAUAAGAGUCUACCAAUUCAUUUUACUUUGUCUCGCUGAAUUAGCUUUUGUUCAGUUAGUUUAAGGAAGACUCCUCGCGGAGAGAGCCUGGAAAGACAAGAGGUGAUGUGGAAUUGAACCUGACUUUAUA